AUGGGUUGCCGACUGCCGAAGCUGAAGAAAGAGGAGAGGACCAGCCCGGGCAACAUCUACUCCACUCUGCGGCGCCCCCAGGUGGAGACCAAAGUGGGCGUGGCCUACACCUACCACUUCCUGGACUUCCUGCUGGGCAAAGAAGAGCUGCCCGUGUCCUCGGUCCUGAGCCUGUCCUCGGUGCGGGAGUUGCCGGUUCAGGUCCGGGAGUUGUACUCGGAGGGUUUCGUGCUGGUGGCCGUUCACCCGUUCGUCCACGCGUGCGGCCCGGAUCACGCACACGUCCAGAGGCAGCUCCACCGCGCCGUGCUCGUCCGAGAAACCCACAGUUGGGAGCGUCGGGAGUUGCGGUGGUGUCGGCACAGACUGGAGACAGACGUGUGUUUGGGAGGAAACCAGGAGCCGGACCCCGAGAUCAUCCAGAGCUACGUCAAGAAGAUCCAGGAUGUGGCGGAGCAGGGCGUGGUGUUCGUGGGGUUCCUGCAGCAGCCUGGACCUGGACUCAGCCUCUCGGGGCCGUGGGACCCGGACCUGUCCUCCCUCCACUCCCUCCACUCCAGCCCCUCGCCGAUCCACCGAGGCCUGAGCUGCGCCGCCAGUCCCUCCGACGCUCCAGGAGAACGUCAGCCGCAGCACACCAGCUCGACCGGGGCGUCUGGAGCACUUCACCUCAGGGCAGAGGACACAGAAGCUCCACACGCUGAACCUGGACACACAGAAGAAGAGCAGAGUCUGAACCCAGAGGAGAAACUACAGAGAGCUCACACAGGACACUGGAGCACAGCAGCAGAGGAUCUCAGAGGAGCACAGGGGGAGGAAGACCAGACAGAGAACAGCCCCUGUGGAGGACGAGCUGUGAGAGAAGAUCCAACAUCACAGCAAAACCGCUCCUCACACAACAACAACCACAUCAACCUGAGGAACCAAGAGACCAACAACCACACCCACCUGAGGAACCAAGAGACCAACAACCACACCCACCUGAGGAACCAGGAGACCAACAACCACACCCACCUGAGGAACCAAGAGACCAACAACCACACCCACCUGAGGAACCAGGAGACCAACAACCACACCCACCUGAGGAACCAGGAGACCAACAACCACACCCACCAGAGGAACCAGGAGAGCUACAGCCACAUUCACCUGAGGAACCAGGAGCGUGAGAGGAGCAGCUCGUCUCCUCGUCCAAACAGAUCUCAGCUGUUUGCUCUGUAUAACCACACAGAGGAGCAGGACUCGUCUCUGCGCUUCUAUUCUCUCAGGGUGCCCCUCUGGGUGCACAGGGAGGCGGGGCUCGUCACAGAGGUCGACGCCCACUGGCUCGAUCACAUGACCCAGCACUUCAGCAGCGGCGCUCAGCUCGUGGACGGAUUCUUCCACGUCUCAGAGGAGAACGACAGUGGAGUGGCUCAGGUGGACAGCGUUUUCAUUUUCCAGAGUUCGGCUCAGUCCGUGAACGCCUCGUAUGACGCCAUCGUGGUGGAGCAGUGGACCGUGGUGGACGGCGUGGUGGUGAAGGCCGACUACAUCCCUCUGCUCCAGUCCUUGGCUCCGUUCGGUUGGAGGCUCAUGUGUGUUCUGCCCACGCCCAUCGUCAGGACCAACAGUGACGGGAGCCUGUCCACAAAACAGAUCCUGUUCCUCCAGAGACCCGUGCUCCCGAGGAGGAGGAGAGACUUCAAGGUACGACUCAAAACUCUCAAACACAUCCUCCAAAACCUGAAGAAACACGAGCAGAAAACCACAAAGUACCAACAUAUGAACCUGAGGAGCCGCAGCGGGAAACCCAAGAGGAGCGUGGGAGCGGGCGGAGCCUUGGAGGAGACCCGCCCCGCCCUCAUCCUGGAGAUGGACAGUCUGAGGAGAGGAGCCCCGGGUCCAGACCGGGUCCCGGAGCCGGAGCGCAGGAGGAGGAAGAGGGAGGACGACCCGGACCAGACCAACCUCCACCAACACCACCGCCGCCGCCACCAUCGCCACGGAAACGCCCUGUACCUGCCCGGGAACGGCGCGGCGCCCGAGAGCACGGAGACGGCGGCCGACAGGAGCGUCAGGUGGACGGACAGGUGCAGGAAGGAGACCCGGGGCCCAGCGGAGGAGCCCGUCAAAAUCCAGCUGUUCUCCGGGGUGUGCUGA